CCUGCUUCCCUGAUCCACACCAGAGCCACGUGAGUCCGCGCGUGAAGUGUCCGUGCGUGAAACACACCAUGGCAGUCGAAAACAGCACUUUGGAGACAUCACAGUGACCGCUGAUUGACCAUAAACAGAAAAUUGCGCUGCGUCAAGACUGUGUAAAGCUUGCGUAAAAACUGCGUAAAGGCAUCAACAUGGCGCUGUACGUGAAAGCCGCAGAGAUCUUGGAGAAAGCGGAAAAAAAACAAGGCGCGCUGAAGACGCUGGUGUACGACAGUAAGUUUAACAACGUCAAACAGCUUUUCGCGUUGGUUUUCGAGACGCACAAGUUCUCCGCGGUGCUGGAGGAGGUCAUCAGCGCCACCAAACUCCUGAAGCUGACCAGGCUGAAGCUGCCCCUGGCCAAAGUGCUGGUGUACGACCUGCUCCUGGGACACGGGCUCAAGUGCGGAGGGGCGUGGAAGGCGGCUCUGCUCAAGAACCGGGUCCGUCUCCAAGCGGCUCUGGCCCGGAUCAAAGUGCGUCAGGGAGUCAGCAACAACCAGGACCUGAUACCCGUCAGUGCCCAGCCAGAGGAGCUCACGCUGCCCAGGUACGUGCGCGUAAACACUCUGAAGACCAGUGUGGCAGACACAGUUGACUACCUGAAGAGAGAAGGCUUCACGUACCACGGCCAGGCCAGGAACACGGACGACCUCACACUCAAAGGAAAACACUUCGUACAGGACAUGGACAUACCCGAGAUCCUCAUUUUCUCCCCCAAAACCCACUUUCACGACCACUUCCUGUACAAGGCGGGGCACGUGAUCCUCCAGGACAAAGCCAGCUGCCUCCCCGCCCACCUGCUGCACCCGCCCCCCGGCAGCGUGGUCCUGGAUGCCUGUGCCGCCCCUGGCAACAAGACCAGCCAUCUCGCCGCGCUGAUGGAGAACCGGGGCAGGCUCCUGGCACUGGACCUGGACCCCAAGAGACUGUCCACCAUGUCCACCCUGCUGCUGCGGGCGGGUGCCACCUGUCAGACCCUGCAGCACCAGGACUUCCUGAAGGUGGACCCCCAGAGCCCAGAGUAUAGCGAGGUGGAGUACAUCCUGCUGGACCCCUCCUGCAGCGGAUCAGGUAUGGUGUGUCUGAGGGACGACUCUGACGUAGAUCCGACUCGGCUCUCAUCUCUGGCCGCAUUUCAGCUCAAAUGUCUGAAACACGCACUGAGCUUCCCCCGUGUGGGCAGACUGGUCUACUCCACCUGCUCCGUCCACCGGCAGGAGAACGAGGACGUGGUCUCCGCUGUUCUGCAGGAAAACAAAGACUUCAGGCUGGUGCCAGUGCUCCCCCAUUGGCCGGAGCGGGGACUGCAGCCCCUCACACAGUGCCUCAGAGCCAGCCCCUCGACCACACGCACACACGGCUUCUUUGUGGCUCUUCUACAGAGACGCACUGGAACAGAACCAGAACAAGAACCACCUGCUCCUAUCAGCAGUGCUGCUGUUGGCAAGUCUGUCAGUCCGACUUUAGGUCAGAAACGAGCGGCGGAGUCUGAGUCUGAAGCUUCGGACACAGAGGACCAACCUGACCCCUCCUCUGACCCCACCAAUACCUCCGCUGACCCCACUACUGACCCCUCCGCUGACCAGACUGGACAAGUACCUGCUGUGAAGAAGAAGAAGAAAAGGAAGAAGAAGAAGAAAAACAAGACGUCCGGGGCAUCAGGUGUAAUUACACAGUGAUUUAUGGACUAAAAGAUUUAAAAACAUUAGUGAGUGUUUGUAUUUAUUACUACAGGGGUCACUAAUAAAGUUAUUUUGGUAAAUGAAA